AUGCUUCGUGUCAGUACGCUGUUCGGAAACCAGUAUAUAAGAAGGUUUUCCAAUGGGUCGAUACAUUUAGCGAAGAACCCGUGGCUCAAGAGGCGAUCUUUGGAGCAGCUUUCGAAAUCAUUACCAGCUGUGCCGACGCCUGUUUUGGAAGUAGUGCACAAAUGCAGUGAUGAUGUACCUUUGGAUGAAGAACAAAGGUUAACGAUAAAAGACUACUUAACACACGAGGAAACAGAAAUACCCACUGUUGACAGGUCCAUCUUGUUGAAAUAUUUGUAUGGUAAGAAAGAGUACGAUAUGGUAGAAACCAUGGCCAAGUUACAUUUAUUUGAUAAAGACGGAUACUUUCUGGAAACAUCUACUGUGAACAACGUUCAAGUUUAUUUCGAAGUUCUAAUCCAGACAAAGCAACUUGACAAGUUAACGGAAGAAGCUGUUAAGUACAUAUCACAGUUUUCUAUUAAUAAGCAGGGAACAUCUGUGUACAUGGUAAAUUAUUUGUUCGUUAAAUUGUAUCAAAAUUUCUCGCCUCAAGAUGCCCUAUACAUCUGGACCAAACUUGUCAGUGUUUACUACGGACAUUGUGAAUUGACUAGUAUGGAUAUAUAUGGGCCGAUACUAAAUCAUUUGUACUAUUUCUUUAAGGCCAGCAAAGAAUCGCAUCAAUGUGUCCUGCCGUUGUUAAAACGUAUGCAAAAUGAGGAUGGCAUAAUGCCCGCUUCACAUUUAGCAUCGACAUUGAUAACUUUUUUUUCUUCGUCCAGAUGGUUUUCAGAAGUGGAAAGGAUAUGGCACUGGAAAGUUGACAGAAAUUUACCAAUUGUAGCAUCGGAUCUAACAGCAAUGAUGAGAAGUAGAUGUCAUUUCCGUGAUUGGGAUACCGUUAUUAAUCUACAUCAUAAAUACUCAUUAGCUCAGGAUGAUUAUAUGCAAUUUGACUAUCUUUUGGUGGCUCUUGCGAAAAAGCAAGAUUGGGAUAGACUUAAGCACCAGUUUGAUGCAUUAUUUGGCAUUGGUGAAUUACCAACUGUGAAUCAUUACGGUGUUAUAAUGUAUGCCCUAUCUAUGCAUGGGGAGUUAGAGUUGGUGGAAAAAUUGCAUGGACAAUUAUUAAGAAGAGAUAUGACACCAUCAUAUGCAGUGCUUUUGUCCAUAAUAAACGCACAUUAUAACGUUGGUGAUUAUAAUGGAGCAGUUCGUGAGUUUGCACUAUUUAAAAGGUAUGGCAUACGGCCCACAUCGGCUUCUUAUUUGAUAGUUUUGAAGGCAUACAAAAAAAUGGGCUCAUUGGAUUCUUGCUUCAGAGUAUUGAAAACUAUGAGCGCCGAAAAUAUUCCACUCAACGAAACACAUUUUAAAAUAAUUAUAGAACUUUGCGCAAAACUUGACAAUUAUCCUGUGGCUGAAGAAUUAUUUAAUAUCAUGGCGACUGAUUAUUUCAUCCAACCGACAGGAUUGACCAUUUCUGCAUUGAUAAGAACCUUUCUAAAAUCAAAAAAAUACAAAGAAGCAUGGCGACUAAUACAAAAAUACGAAAAUGUUGUAACGGUCGAUAAGUUCAAAAUAGUUCAACAGAGGAUCAUGUACUACGUUUUAACUGGUGAUAUUGAAAAUGCAGAAGAGCAACUCAAAAUAUACUUCCGAAAGAAAUAUAAGGUCAAUUCCAACUUUUACAUGAUCCUACUUCAACACUUGGUGGCAGGAAGAAAAGACUAUGUGGCAGCUGAAAAGGUUUUGGAUGAACUAGUCAGGGCCAAUAUGUCCUUGAUAAAACCUGACCAUUUCAACAUACUACUUGAGGAGUACAAUAGAAUUGGCUAUCUUGAAGGUAUCUCAAAUAUUAUCUCGAAAAUUGUCGAUAAUCAAAUUCCAAUGAACUCCAAGACGUUAUAUUUCCUAGUGAAGUCAAGAUUUGAGCUUAACAGGAAGAAACGCGAGUCACCUGAAUUCUUGCUAGGUUGGUUAGAAGAAAUUCUUGAGAGCAUUGCUAAAAACAAGUUGAAUUUCACUACGCGCACUAUUCAUCCGUCUGUGGUCACGUGGCCAAUGAAUUUUAUUUCCAGGAAUGACGAUCCGUCGAAAGCCGUCGAUCUUUUUACCAAAUAUGUUAAACUUUUCUUCCCUAGAUCAAGAGAUUGGAAUAAUAAGCUUGUUGUUCUGCGAUCUUUGUUAAUAGUUUCAGCUGAAAGCGGAAAAUGGGAAGAUUUUGAUAUUUUAUUUACCAGGUAUAAAGACAAACUCUCCUUCUUUCAAAAUCAACCUAGUGCGGUAGUUCCCAACAAUCAAUUGAAAGCAGCAUUUGUGGGUCUCUUUGAGUACAAAAUCAAAAGAAUGAGACAAUUAAAUGAGAUUAAUCGUCUUCCAUCUUUAAUUGAGGAAUUGGAAAAUAAAGGUUACAUUCUAAGUAACAAUGAGUGGAAUGAAGCCUUAUGGAGAAUGAUCAGAAGAAAGUCGACAUUUGAUUUUGCUAUGAAAAGAAUCAACGGUAUGUUCAUUCAUGGCUAUACCUGGAUUCACAGAGCUAGGUCUUUGAGGAAACGCCAGGACGGAAAAUAUAACGUUAAUGGUUCAUCUAGUUCUUCCAGUGAACAGAGCAAGACAAAUUUAUACCUAAAAAGCGAAAUCUAUGAUUUAAUCAUGAUUCAGAUUGAUAAAUAUUUGAGAUACAAUUCCAAAACCCUUGAGCGUGAAGUCAAGCGCUUGCUUAUUGAAUAUCCCUAUGUUAUGAAACAAUAUUUGCGUAAGCCAAGAAACGAUAUAAGCAACUGGGACAUCAUCGAACAAAAUCAUUCGGCGUACUUACGCAAACUCAGAAGUACCUAUGAACUAGUGCCAUUGGACGAGUUCUGA